UCAGAGGUUUAAAUGGUAACCUUGAGAAGCUCACGUCUGAAAUAUAAACAGAUUUUAAAUCAUCGGCUUGUGGGUGGAGAAAGUGCUCAUGUAGACAAAACUAUUCACCAUCUCUUUGUUCAAGAACAAGUGAGGAAUAUCAGAGACAAAAUCUCUUCUAGAUAAACUGUAAAAGACUUCGCCUGCAAGACUUUUUUUCUUGUAGGAUGCAAUUGGAAGAGCUCAUGUUAUCGGCGACGCUUCAACCUUCAGAAACAAACGUAACGAUGUCAUAUCUGGAUUAUUUCAACACAACAGACUGGCAGCUCGUUUACUCCAUCAUCCCACCGUACAUCUUCAUGGUGUGUUUGACAGGGAUUCUGGGUAACUCAUUUGUAUUGUUGGUGUUCUUGCUGCAGAGAAACCGAUGGACCGUACCUGAGAUCUACCUGGGUAACCUCGCGCUGGCCGACCUCAUCAUGCUCAUCUGUCUCCCGUUCUGGGCCAUGAACAUCCUCGAGUAUUUCAUGUGGCCGUACGGAGAGUUCAUGUGCAAGGUGGUCAAUCUCUCCAUCCUCGUCAACAUGUACACCAGCAUCUACAUGCUGGUGAUGGUGAACGUGGACCGCUACCUCGCCCUCGUCCUGACCAUGAAGGCCAGAUGGCUCAGGCGCAAACGUUACGCCAAAGCCAUCAGCGUUUCCCUCUGGCUCUUCGGUUUGGGAAUGGGCGUUCCGACCGGCAUUUUCCGAACAUUGGAAGGCAUCCCCGGUCACCAAGCGUUCCAGUGCAUCCUGCAUUAUCCCAGUGACUCCUGGAAGAUUGCCCAUCACAUCCAACUGAUUGUGUUGGGUUUUGCUUUGCCUCUCCUGGCCAUCACAUUCUGUUGUGUCAAUAUUCUUCUGGCCCUAAAGCGACGUCGAGACAAUUACUGGGAGGAUAGAAACGACAAGAAAGCCACUGUACUGGUGUGUACGGUCACGCUGUUGUUCCUCAUCUGUUGGGGUCCAUUUCACAUCUUCACUUUCCUAGAUAUACUCUCUGAUUUCCAUGUUUUGGAUAAGGAGGAGUGGCUUGAUGUCCUGGAAAUCGGAAAUCAGUUUUCCGUCUACUUGGCCUUUUCAAACAGCUGCCUGAAUCCGGUGUUGUACGUUUGCUCGGGGAAUUAUUUCAGGAGAAAAGUGAGCAGCAUCUAUAAUCGAAGAAAACAAUCCAACGUAUCGGAUGUUACUGCAAUGCAGCGGACACUUUUAACAAGCACAACCACCACCAAUCAAAUCAAACCUGUUGUGUUAUAUGAGAAAGUCUAGUGUUUUAUUUAGAAGCCACCAUCAGUAACUUGCUGAAAUUUGUAUUAUUGCUAAAUAGUAAAUGAAGAACUCAGAUGCAAAAGCUGCUAAAAAAUGAGAUAAAUGAUAUUAACCAAAAGCUCUCGGCUCGUAUUAUACGUUCAUCUAAUAUUUUCACUUCAAAUCCGUUUAAUACUGGUUUCAGGUCAUUCAGUUUGUUGAGUUUUCAGUAAAGUCCUCUAAAUGCACGAAAAAAGAAUUGCACAAUGGCGUGCAUACACUUUUACCCAAUUGACAAAUAUAUUAGGAUAUUGACCGAACUUUUGAGUCUUUUACUUUAUUCAGAAAGGACAGUGAAGAGUGACUGAAGACUUUUUUUAAGUUUUUUACAUGGCUGUUUACACCUGAUAUUAAGAUGGGUUUAGGUCGAUUUGGAUUACAAGCGGAUGAUGCUAAAGACAGGUGUAAAUGAUGAGGUUUUGAGCUCGUCCACUUUCGACCACAUUCAGAGGCAGUCAAAAACACAUUCAACCAGAAUGCUUUUGUGGUGUAGACCAUGUGGUCGAAAGCAGGGGCGUCAUGCAUCAAUUUUUUUAAGGGGGCACAGUGUGCACAGAGCACAGACAUGUCUUACAACAUUUUGUUUUGUUUCGUUGUGCUAGGUUUGGCCACUGUGUUUAUAUUGAAAUUUGUUGAGCCUAGACUGUCUACAGAGAUCGCGUUUUUUUACAGUUUAAUCAGCGGACAGGCAGCAAGCAGAUAGUGAAGAGAUGUUUGCUGUAUGUAACAAAAAAUGUUUUAUGGUCUAAAACGCAUGAAUUCGCUUAGAGCACCUUUAAAAGACAAAUAACAGAUUAAUGGACGCUUCUUUGAUUUUGAGGUUGCAUGCAAAAUCCAUUUGGCAAAAAAAAACAAGGGGGCACGUGCCCCCUCAGUUUGAAUGGGGAUGACGCCUUUGGUCAAAAGUGUUUGAGCUGCAACAAAAGACCGCCUACUUUCUGCCUAUCGAUCUAAUGUAAUGUACGAGCACAAUGUUUUUGCAUAAGACAUGAUUACUAGUGCAAUCCCACGGUGUUUAGCAUGACCUUUAGGCCUUCUUUGAUGAAACUGAAACCUCUUUCAUUUGUUUCAUUUUGCAAGCGUGUGAAAGUGGCGCAAGUUUAUUUCAUCAAUAUCUGAGAAAGCUCUUCCGUAAACAUGUACAAAACACUGUGCAGCACUUAUAACACAAGCAGCGGACUGAAUGUCUUACUGAAUGUACACUUGUGAUCCGAUUGACCAAAAUGCAUCUUAAUACCAGGAAUAAAAAGGCCCUUAACGAUACAUUCACACGUGGCGUACGCGUGUCUGAAGCGUAGCCAACAGCCAAUCACAGUGGCCUCAACACAUGCUCCUCUUGCAUAAACCUUAUUGGCUGGCUGUGCACUACGUUUUUUGCAUAAUGCGAUCUGAUAACCUCUUAACUCUUUCCCCGCCAUUGACAAGUUAU